GGUUUCCGGUUGGUAGCCGUGGAGAUGGAGAGUGAAGAACGAGUGACGGGAUUUAACGUCGGAGGGUCGGUGUGAGUGUAAUGUAAAAGUAGUCAGGUUAUUGCUUUUCAGAUUUGAGAGGUUAACAGCCCAGCAGGCCGAAGAUGGCUGGAAGAUGCUAUGGCUGCGCGUCCAAGUUUACUCUCCUGAAAAAAGAGCUUGGGUGCAAGAACUGCGGCCAUGCAUAUUGUUCAUCAUGUCUCAGCUACAGCACCUUGGUCCCUCGCUGUGGGAAUACACAGCAAAAAGUCUGCAGGCAGUGCUAUGGAAACCUCACAAGGUCUGGGAAACAGGACAAUGCUGCAAAGUGGUCUCCACCAGAGAACUACAAAAAGCGAGUGGCUGCUCUGGAGGCUAAACAGCAAGAACAAACUUCAGACAACAAAGCAGGUAGUCAGGCACCAAGUAUGAAGUAUCUGGGACUGUCAAAAGAGGACCGAGCCAUUGCUGAACGACUGGAGAAGUUGAAGGAAGGAACCAAAUUGAAAUCUAUAGCUUCUCAGCAGGAGAUUGAAUCGCGACUGGCUGCAUUAAAGAAGGACCCUCUGCAACCUAUACCCUCCACAGCAGAGAUAGAGGGCAAGCUAGCCCUGUUAAAGGGUCAGCCACCACCUCCAAAAGCCCCCAGACCUAGUUAUCAGACUCCUGAUACUAGGACUCAAACGGAACAAGCCAAUGACCUCUUCAAACAAAUAUCAGAAGAAGCAGCCAUAGACCAAAAGUACAACCCUGGUCUUAAAGAUAAUGCGAUGAAUGACUUGAAUAAAGGAAUCGAUCCACGUAAUUUCAACAUUACCAACGAUAACAGCAAACUUUUUGAUGAGAAGAGUAAUCUGCUCGACCAGGUGACAGCAGAGCUGAAGCAGGACAAUUUGCACAAGGAACAAGUCUCGAAGAUAUCCAGGAGACUGGCCACACUGAAAGGAGAAGACCCAAGUGCUGUGGAUGACUGGACAUAUGCUGAGAUGGACAGUGAUGAAGAAAAUGAAGAGCUGCUUACCCAGCGAAUUCUGAAACAGAUUAAUGAAGAAAUUGCCCUGGAUGAAGCAAGUGGUUACAACAUCCCUUUA